CGCUGUUUAGGAGUAGGUAUUUUCGCCAACAGCUACGAACGGCCACACUAAAGCAAAGCAAAAAGGAAAAGUUUGGCCAAACGAAUUGCUAUUCGAUAAGAAGAAUUACUUAAAGAGCACAUUUCCAGUAGCUUUUCGCCCCAAAGUGUUCAUCAACACCACGCCAUGAUGACGGACGACAGAAGCUACGACUCCAGCAAUAGCGAGUCUGCGAGGGCCAAGCACAAGAAACCAAAGAAGCACAAAAAACACAAAAAGUCAUCGUCGUCGGUCAAAAGUGAGAAGGAGCGACAUGUCCACAAGAAGCACAAGAAAGCGAAGAAGCGCUUGCACCGUCAAAGCGAAUCCUCCAACGACUCAGACGUCCCUGAAGCCAAGGUCAAGACUAAGCUGCCGAAGACCUCCGGGCUAAGCAACAAGUUCACGGAGAUCAUGCAGAAGGCCAGUCGAAACGGCGCCGACUUCCGCAUCUCCAAGUCCUUGCUGCCCACAGAUCCGUGCAGUCUCGUAGAGGAGAUUACCAAGACCAUUCAAAACAAGGUGCUGCCAGUCCUGGAGGUGGCCAGUUCGGGCAGCGAGAGCGAUGUCCCCGUUGAUGUGGCCAGUCCAGUCAUUGCUCCAAUUAUAGAGGACGAGCUAAAUUUGGAGGACUUGAUGCGACAGAAGGCACUUCUGCAGGCACGCCUGGGCGCUUAUAUGUCGGACCCAGAGGUGGAUGAGAGAGGCGAUUCCCACAUCCAUUCGCACCAGCAUUCGAAGUCUGCGCAGGCCAAGCAGGUGGCCAAGAUUGGCACCUCUGCAUCGCAGCUCCCGGCCCAGGCAUUGGGGCAGGCGCAGACACAGGCGAUGGCAACCAGCAAGUCUGCAGCGCCGCUGGCUACUGCAACUAGUAAACAUGCUAAUAUUAAACAGUCUAGCACGCAUAACUCAAAUGAAUCCGAUGUUAUAUUGUUGGAUGAUUCUAGCGGAGGCCAACGCACGCCCUCGCCUACACAUGAGAAGCGAAGACGCCAAUUAUCCCCAUCGCCGGCAGCGCCAAGGAGCCGCAUCCGCGAAGACCCAGCUCACGGGCGCCGAGAACGACGUUCGAGAGAGAGGGAUCGAACGCCGACCCGCCGCCGCGUAGCAGAACAACAGCAGCAGUUGCAGGCUCCACCACGUAGCCGAAACCGCAAUAUGGAGGAUUUGCGGCAGGAGAUCAACCGUGAUAAGCAGAGGGAGCGACGCGAGCACAGCCGGGAUCGGGACAGUAAUCGCGAUAGAGACCGAGACGGUGGCCGACGUGGAAUUGAUAGACAGCAGCAGCCGAUCGCUGUGCGUGCGGGUCGUGCCCGGGAGCGUGAGGGUCGGCCCAAUCGUCAGCGGUCACACAGCCGCAGUAAGUUUGAGUCGGACAGGCGCCGGGAGCGCGAGCGGCAGGGCGACAGAGACCGUGGUGUCUUUGAACGUGGCGGUGGACGUGGUGGGGGACGUGGUGGCCCGGACAGCGGAACCGGCGACCGGGAUCGAUACAAGGGAUCACUGAGCGAGGGGCAGAAGAAACAUGACAAGGAGAGCAGUGACGAGGACGUUAACCUGGACAUUGACAUUGACGAAGAUGACGACGACGAGGAGCGCAUAAUUGAGCAGCGUCGCAGAAAGCGCGAGGAACUACUUAAGAAAUUGGGCACUGGGCACGAUUCUCCAACGCCCCCGCAGAACUCCAAUUCGUACGAGUCACGCAGUUCAUCGCCCGGCUCAUCCCAACGAGAUCGUCCCCCUAGGACGCCCACGCCCACACUUCACCUGUUAAAUAGCAGCCAAAAGAGCAGCGCUGGCAAGGAGAAGCGAAACGAGUGGGACAUGUUUGCUGAGCAGGACGUUGAUUCCAAUUUUGAUGUGAGUCGCAGCAGGCUUUCACCCAAUACGAUCGUGCACAACAAGCACCAGCACGAGAACCCCGCCCUCACCGACAACUGGGAUGAUGCUGAGGGCUAUUACAGAGUGCGGAUCGGCGAAGUAUUGGAUAAUCGCUACCUGGUGAACGGCUACACGGGCCAGGGUGUCUUCAGCAAUGUCGUGCGUGGCCGGGACCAGGCUCGGGGACAGGCCAAUGUCGCCAUUAAAAUCAUACGUAACAACGAAAUAAUGCACAAAACUGGCCUCCGAGAGCUGGAAAUUUUGAAGAAGCUAAACGAUGCUGAUCCCGAGGAUCGAUUCCACUGCCUUCGCCUGUACCGUCACUUCUUUCAUAAGCAGCAUUUGUGCAUGGUAUUCGAGCCUUUGGCAAUGAAUCUACGCGAGGUACUGAAGAAGUACGGUAAAAAUGUGGGCCUCCACAUAAAGGCAGUGCGCAGUUACACGCAACAGCUAUUCCUGGCCCUCAAGCUGCUGAAGAAGACGGGAAUCCUGCAUGCGGAUAUCAAACCGGACAACAUAUUGGUGAACGAGAAUAACCUGAUACUGAAGCUGUGCGACUUUGGGUCUGCUUCGGCCAUCAGCGACAACGAAAUAACGCCUUACUUGGUGUCGCGCUUCUACCGCUCUCCAGAGAUCAUUUUGGGUAUACCCUACGACUACGGCAUCGACACCUGGUCGGCCGGCUGCACCAUCUACGAGCUGUAUACUGGCAAGAUCCUGUUUAGCGGGAAAAGCAACAACCAAAUGCUUAAGUUCUUUAUGGACGUAAAGGGCAAGAUACCGAACCGCAUUGUGCGCAAGGGCCAGUUUAGGGAGCAGCAUUUCGAUCAGAGCUGCAACUUCCUCUACCACGAGAUAGAUAAGCUCACCGAAAGGGAAAAGAUUGUUGUGAUGCCGGUGGUUAAGCCGUCGCGCAGCUUGCAGCAGGAACUGAUUGCUGACCAAAACUUGCCAGACGACCAGCACCGCAAGGUCACACAACUCAAAGAUCUGCUGGAGAACAUGUUUGCCUUGGAUCCAGCCAAGCGGAUCUCCCUCAACCAGGCCCUAAUCCACCCCUUUAUCCAGGAGAAAAUGUAGAGGCGACGAGAGUUAACGUCUUUGCAUAAACGUAAUUUUAUUUUGCAUAGUCUGUAAUACACCGAACUCGCGAGUUAGUUACCAGCUCCCGUACGUUGUAUAACACCAACAUGCUUACCCAGAACCACGCGAUUCAUAAAUUUGCUUUUUCGGCGCGUUUCGAGAUAUCUUUUCACUCAGCUCAUUAUGUUCCGCAAGUUUGUCAAAACGCAGCGUGGGUUUAGCCUGUGUGUAUAUAAGUAUUUUAAUACCACUAAAAAUUGUAUAAAAUGCAUGUGACCAACCUAUUUCUCCCACACAAUAUAUUACAAUAUAAAACUAUGCCUAGGCACAGUUUUGUUCCAUCUUUUCUGAGAA